GAAAUAUCAUUUAACAAGUGUUGUGCUGUUACAUUUUGCAUCACUAAUUUACUUUAAUUUUUCAUAAUUGUAUGUUAAUACAUAUUAAUAGUUAACAAACUGAAAUUUAUAUCUGUUGGAAUCAAUUUCAUCUCUAGAUCGGUCCUCUGAAUCCGGAAAGGGAUUAGUAGGUUUAUUGAAUAAACUUUAUUCAUUCGAAGAUUCCACGAUGUUUAUCAAUGAACUUCCAGACGAUUGUUUGCUCAUCAUUUUUGGUCUCAUAAAUGAAUUGGAUGAUUUAGUAAACUGUUAUAAAGUAUGCAACAAAUGGAGCCAAUUAAUUAAUGAACGAACUAGAAAAGUUAAAUAUUUGGUUGAACAUAAUGAUAGGCGGCAUUAUGGACCAUUUCCAAAUUACCCGUUUGAUAUUGUUUAUUAUCGAACAGAGGAACCAGUCGAUGGAACUUGUUUGAGCAUUUUAUUUCCCAAUCUAAUGAUUGCCGACUUUUCGGCUGUAAUCCGUAAGAAAGUAAAACACGAAGAAAUCGCUACAUUCGUCAAAAAUAUAAAAUCUUGCAAAGGAUUAAUUUAUCGACAUGAACAUAAUUAUCUCCGAGAAGAAUUGAUUUUCCAAUACUGUGAUGAACUCGAAAUGGUCUCCACCAAUUAUUACAUUGAUCACUACAUCGCAAAGAAAGAUGUCAAUAUCAAACAAUUGCAGCUGUGGAAUUGUAAACUAGAUAAAUUCACGAAAAAUGCACAUAAUUUUCCAAAUCUUGAAAGACUACACAUUGAUUAUGGUGCAACAGAUGGCUACUACAAUGGCCUCAAAUUGAGAAAACUUAAAAUUCUUGAAUUGUAUGUAGUUCCUAAUGAGUAUGGAGGCAUUUAUUAUGGUUUCAAGUUCAUGGAUUCGUUUCCAAAUCUUCAAAGUGCACAUAUUUACUUGCGAUUCCACCACAUUUUUGUUGAUGAGUCAUGUAAACACGAAUCUUUGCGAGAUUUAGUCUUAGAAUUUUAUCUUUCUGAUUAUGACAGUUUCAACUGGAAUGAAUUUAGAAGCUUGUUCAUGAAAUAUCCAAAUCUUAAACAUCUUGCACUGCGGAGCUUCAAGAACCUAAAAAAUGAACAUGUGGAGCAAUUGGUUCGCAUUUUACCCAAUUUAGUGCUAUUUGUUGUUUGUGAAUGUCCAAAAGUCACUCAAGAGGCUGCACAUUACAUUCAAGAUUAUAAUAGACUACAUGGACGGACAAUCAAGUUUUAUUUUGAUGAUAAUUACCAUGAUAUCCAAUCAGAUUGGCCUUAUUUAUCAACCAAGCGUGAAAAAAUAAGUCAAGGUUUUGAUUUCAUGAAAAAUUGUUUUCUUAAAGAUUUUCGUAGCCUUUCUACUUUUUUAAUUCCCAAUGAGAACUAAAUAAUAACUGUAACCAUUUAUCUAUUAAUAUUGAUAUCUUUAAUAAACAAUAUUGCUCAGUA